GACGUGUUCGAAGCCCAGCAGCGUGUCCGAGGAAAGGAACUUCGGUCAGACAAUGGCGGUUCUUCAACCGAGCUGCUCGCUGAUGUUCUUGGCCGUGUUAGCCACGGUGAUGAUGUUGCCUUUCAGCUACUCCCUUAACCCAGGUCCUACCAGCUCCGGGCUGAAACGAGCUGAUGCAGAAUUCCAAAUACAGCUAGAUUGUGAACAUUUCCGCACCACCAUGUUAUGGUGGAAUGGCCAGUGCUUUUGCCUGCCGAAUUGGAACCUCGUGGGAAACUGCUCUCAGCGGUUGAUACCACACGGAUUCCAAAUUUUUUCCGAAACAUACAGUACCUAUGAUCUGAAGUGUGAUCCUGGUUAUGCCAAGGACCAGCCAUCUAAGCCAUACGGCACAUGUCGAGACCAGCACAACUGCACAAUGUACACCGAGUCGUCCGCCUGUACUAGCUUGUAUUUCCGGAGUAAUGCAAUCCAGAGUAAUGCAAUCGCACAGCUGCAAGGAUACACUUUUGGAUUUACCCUGAGUAAUCUGAAGGUUCUUCAUCUGGAGCACAACCUCCUGAUGUCGAGUUCAUUUUCUACAGGCUGGGCUAGUCCAAUGCCUUUCCUCCAGGAACUUUACUUGGACAACAACAAAUUAACUUUCACUCAGACAGAUGUGACAAAUCCAGGAGCACGUAUGUUUUCCGGCCUGGGAAACCUCCAGAAACUGUCAAUGAACUCCAACAAUCUUGUCUUUCUGCCACCGAAUCUGUUUUCUAAUCUGGAAAAUCUCGAAGAAUUGCAUAUGGUGAAUUGCGGCUUGCGGUUAUGGGGAAUGGUACAAACACAUUUCACUCCACUCUCCAAACUCCAUCUGUUAGAUAUGAGCUAUAACAAUAUCACGUCCAUUCCUACACCACUGAAUUUAGUGAUGCCAAAUCUAACUGAAAUAAAUCUGCUCGGCAAUAGCCUCAGCCUUGAUCGCAUUUGCCCGCUGAUUUCCGUCCAGAGUGUAAUAGCCGAGCAAGAUGUAUUGUGGCAGCUGAACACACAACGGAUAAAGAAUGCUGACUAUUGCCCGGACCACAGGCUCAAAUGCGCUGACCUAGUACCCGCUCAGGAGCAGCGUUUGGUCUGCACCUGUGGCCAGAAAUCUCGUCCCGCCCCAAAGAGCCCGUACUACGCAAGGUCCUGUAAUGGACAGUGCAGUUUCCUAAAGACGGAGCGCUAUUGUCCCAUUCUGCCCAUGAAUUGGAACACCCAGGCAGCGCCAGCCGGCAUGAAGCCUCUGGAUGCAUCAUGUCCCAAAGGGAUGAAGCUCGCCAGUGGCAAGUGUGAAAUGAUGACAGGCCAAUGCAGCGUUCCUUCUCCACAACACACGGUCUACAGUUACAUAACGUGGCCGACUAAUGAUGGCGAAGGUCUCACGGCAGCGGGGACAGCAUCCUUCUGCAUCAAUGAGAAGAAUAUGAGCACUUUCACUCUGCCGGAAACAGCAGAUUGCCUCGCCCCUCUCAUGAGCAACGUCACUCACUCCGGCAUGUACGACAUGCCCCUGCGCUUUUGGGGUGAAUUUACUGGCAGUGGUGCCAGCAACGGAUUACGCGCGCUAGAGUAUAAUCCGUAUACGCAACGCUUCGCCAUUCUGCAGUCGCCAUCAACAGCCAAGCUGGAUGUCAUUUGUACAGCCAAAUGGACGAUCUCCAACUUGCCGGCUGUUGGAGAAAUCGCUAUGCUCCAAAGCGAAAACCCAAUGAUGAACCCGUCUCAGGCCGAAGAGCUUUGCCGGUCACUGAACGGCUUCUCCCUGAUAUCGUGGGAUAUGCUGCACAAGGCUUGGCCACAAGACCAUUCUUUAAGCAGCGCACUGCGAUCCAUGUUCAUCACCCAGUGGCUUACAAGUCCUACUUUUAGAAUCCAUCCCAGAUACUAUAUGUCUGGCACGCCUUUCGACUACUCCGUCAGACAAUACUGGAUGGAGCCGAAACCCAACGGUCAUGUAAUUCUACAAACUAUAGCGGGAGAUGAUUCAUUGCGCAUAUCCCCAGCUGAUCCAUCACUGAUGGACAGAAUAACUGGUGCCCCGCUCUGUUUCAAAUUCAACAGUGACUUCCUUGGACGUGUGAACGUUUUGUUUGGCCGUAAAGUGUUCGCACCACGCACUCCUCCUGCUAAGUAGUCGCGAUCGUCAAUAACAUCUACUUCUUCGGCUGCAAUAGCGCACUUCAAGUAAUUAGGACAUCGGCGUAGAACAGCAUGUGAAAUUCCCCAGCUGUGCUCUUGCCUUCUAUAACACAUAAUUAGUUAUCCCUAGCCCCGCUAUAUCUCGUAGUUCAAAAACACACAACUCCAAGCAUGCUGUGGUACGCAUUCCGCUGCCUCCAUAUGGCACCAGCUCUGUGCCGCUGGUAAUGGCAGGCAAGUUAAAAGUAGAGGGUGUGUUUCAUCUGAUCAUCAUGAUAUUAUGAUGACAUGAAUAUUAUCAUCUGCUUUUCUUCCGUUUCGGUGCACAACGUUCACGUUUUGCUCCGUGUACCGUGGAAAUGAACCAU